AUGGUAAAUUUGGAGGAUAACCCAAAUUUUUUAUCACGAAUAUUGUGGACUGAUGAGUCAAAAUUUUGUAAUAAUGGUGUUGUCAAUCAUCACAAUAGCCAUUAUUGGAGUGACACCAAUCCUCACUUAACAAUUGAGAGUAAAAGUCAGUUUCGGUGGAAUAUUAAUGUUUGGUGUGGUGUGAUUGAUAAUAAGCUUAUUGGACCCUAUUUUUUUGAAGAAAAUUUAAAUGCUACUAGAUAUUUGAAUUUUCUGCAAAAUGAUAUUCUAGUUUUGCUGGAAGACAUAUUAUUGGAAAUGAGGCAGCAUAUUAUAUGGCAACAAGAUGGUGCACCAGCUCAUAAUGCCAAAAUUGUUCAACAAUAUUUGAAUACAAUUUUUUACAAUGGUAUUUGGAUUGGAACAAAUAACCCUGUUGUGAAAUGGCCACCACGGUCACUAGAUUUUUACUUGUGGAGUUAUUUGAAAAAUGAAGUGUUCAGAGAGCAGCAGCAAUUUUCUUCAAAAGAAGAAUUAAAACUUAAAAUAACCGAAGUUUGUUUAAAUAUUCCACAAAAUGUCAUUAAAAGAGCAACUAAUAAUGAAGUAAAAAGAAGAUUAGAACUGUGCUUUAACACUGUGGGCAACAUUUUCAACAUUUGUAAAUAA